AUGCUAUUUGGAGUGCGUUUGGCUAACCAGAUGUAUCCACCUUGGAAAAACUCGUACAUGGACUAUGAAAGGCUCAAGAAACUUUUGAAAGAAUCGGUCAUCGAGAAGUCGGACUUUUCAAGCAAAAAGUCCAGCCGUCGGGAGAACACAUGGACCGAAAAAGAUGAAUCUGAGUUUGUCACGGUCCUCGACGCAGAGCUCGAAAAAGUGUACAGCUUCCAAAGCUCCAAGUUCAGCUCGAUCAUGGAUAAAUUGACUAGUCUAGAGCGCAAAACGGAUGACGAAGAGGCCAUCAAGACCCUCGACUUCAAGGGCUUUCAGCACAUUCUCGAGGAUGCGCUAAGCGAGGCUCAGGAACUGGACAACUUUUGUCGCGUGAACUUCACAGGUUUCAUCAAGAUCGUCAAAAAACACGACAAACUUCAUCCCAAGUACCCCUCCGUCAAAUCUUUGUUGCAAGUUAGACUGAAAGAACUUCCUUUCAACUCCGAGGAGUACUCUCCCUUGCUCUACAAGAUUUCAUAUCUGUACAAUAUCUUGAGAACGAACUCCCCAGCGGUGUCAUCGUCUCUGGCUACUUCUGCUAAAUUAUCCAGCGUCAACAACCAAGAAGAGAGCUCUUUUCAAAGCUACACGUUUUGGGUCCACCCUGAUAAUGUCAUGGAAGUGAAAACCCGAAUUUUAAGACAUUUGCCUGUUUUGGUGUAUGCUUCCCCUCCAAACGAGAACAGCGACUUGAUCGAUAGGGUGGAAACCUCCAUCAUGAACUCUGACCAGUCUUACGGGGCUCCUUCGAGUAGUAGCAGUGUAUCUGACGCCGAUCCUUUGAACACAAAGGGUUACGACCCUGUUGUGAGGGCCAUCUACUUCGAUAACGAUUCAUUUGAGCUUUACAACAAUAAACUUUUGAAGUCCAGUUCUAAUCCAACUCUUCGAUUGCGUUGGUCUGGAAAACUAGCCGACAAGCCCGAAAUUUUUCUGGAGAAAAGAACGCUGAUCGAAGAUCACAAUACGGGUAUUUCUGACUUUGAAGAGACGCGGCUGAAGCUCAAGCCUAAGUUUAUCAAGGGUUUUAUCUUUAACGGCGACCAAGAAUACAAAGAAAAGAGUCUAAAGAAGCUCAAAGAUCGUGGAUCUGCAGAUGCCGAAGCUAACAAAUGGAGCAACGACUUUGAUACUAUCCAGCGAUUUGUGCUUGAAAACGAGCUGCAGCCGGUGUUGAGAACAAUGUACACGAGAACUGCUUUUCAGAUUCCCGGCGAUGAACGCAUCAGAAUCAGCAUCGACUCGGAUCUCAUGUACAUCAGGGAAGAUUGUCUUGACGAGAACAAUCCAAUCAGAAACCCAAAAAGCUGGCACAGAUCUGACAUAGACACUAACAUUUCAAAUCCUUUGAAAUUUUUGAGACCUGGUGAGUUUUCUAAAUUUCCGUACGCGGUCUUAGACAUUAGAAUCAGAAACCCAGUCACUGCUUCCAGUAAUCAAACGAGAGAAAACAUGCAGGCUCAGCUUCCCGGUAAGCACGCAAAGUGGGUGGAAGAGUUAACUAACUCACAUCUUGUCAAAGAGGUCGCAAACUUCUCGAAGUACGCUCAAGGUGUUGCCUCGCUUUUUGGGGAGGAUGAAAAUUUGGAUAUGCUGCCUUUCUGGCUACCAGAUGUCGAGAGUGACAUCAGAAAAGACCCCAAACAAGCUUACGAGGAAGAAAGAAGGAAGCUUGAAGAACAGAAGGCAAACCAAGCUCGACUUGACAAGUUGAAACGCUUGUCCACUGUCCAGGGUCCAUCCAGUGAGGCUUUUGCGUCUUCUCCAGCAGAAACGUCACCAAAAGUCGAGGAAAGAGAGCCUGAUUUGGAAGAUGCAGAGUCUUCUGAAGAUGAGGGACCUUUAUCUGUCCCUGCAACUCGCAAGAAGCGCGAGCAUAACGCCAAUAUUUUCGAUGUUUUAGUUGGCAGACCCGGCAAAAUUGCUGAUAUUGACUCGGAGGAUGAGGAGGUAGAGUUACCACCUGGAGUCAAGAAACCAACAUCCUACCUGAAAAACGCUGGUCCGGUUAAGGUAGAGGCGAAGGUGUGGCUAGCUAACGAAAGAACUUUUAACAGGUGGUUGUCUCUAACUACCUUGAUGAGCGUUCUUACGUUCUCGAUCUACAACUCGGUAAGAAAAGCACAACAUCCCGAAUUGGCCAAAUUCGUUGCCUAUGUUUAUUUUGGUAUCACUAUUUUUACUGGUCUAUGGUCGUACCACACUUACACUAGACGUCUGGAGGUGAUUAGAGCUAGGAGUGGCAAACACUUGGACGCGCCUUUAGGACCGCUGCUGGUUGCAACUGUUGUUGUUAUCACGCUAAUUGUAAAUUUCGUGAUUGCGUUCAGGGAUGCAGCUCAAAGGAGACAAGAGCAUGUCAUGGCUCUAUCUGUAGAUGGACAACAUCAAUUGCCUGCUCUCGCCAGACAGGUCCAACAGCUUGUCUUCUCACUUGUUGGCGCGCAGCAGACUUGA